UACAUCGACUUCUUCCCCAAGCUUCUCACUACUCUUUAAUGGCGGUUCCCACCCUUUAAUUCCAAUCAGCUUCAAACCCUAAUUCAUUACAACUAAUUAUCGAUGUUGAAGACUCUUACCGCCAGGUGCAGCUCGCACGUCGCGUUUGGGGCUCACGCCCGCCGCUAUGUGCCCGUCGGAGAGCCUGCAUCUCCGUUGCUCCGCCGCAUUAUCGGACAGAAUAAGAGAGGCCUGUAUAUAAUUCGGAGGUUUUGCUCUGAUUCCACCGAUGGCUCCGAUCCAGACGACGCAACAGUGCGGGUCAAGUCGGGGGGCGAUGGCGAUGAAGCUGCGGAAUCCAAGUCUUCGUCCGCUAUUGUGCCUACACUUGUUAGACCUGAAGAUUGUUUAACAGUUGUAGCCUUGCCCCUCUCGCAUAGGCCAUUAUUUCCGGGAUUCUACAUGCCAGUGUACGUAAAGGAUCCAAAGUUAUUAGCAGCAUUAACAGAGAGUAGAAAAAGGCAAGCCCCUUAUGCUGGUGCCUUCCUUGUUAAAGAUGACGAAGGGACUGAGGGUUCAGAUUCAGAAAAAAGUAUCUAUGAUCUUAAAGGAAAAGAUCUAUUCAACCGCCUUCAUGAAGUUGGCACACUAGCUCAGAUUACAAGCAUACAAGGGGAUCAGGUUGUUCUCAUUGGUCACAGGCGACUUCGAAUCUCAGAGAUGGUCAGUGAAGAUCCUCUGACGGUCAAAGUCGAUCAUCUUAAGGAAAUACCAUAUGAUAAGGAUGAUGACAUUCUCAAGGCUACUUCUUUUGAAGUUAUAUCAACCCUUAGAGAUGUUUUGAAAACAAGCCCGCUUUGGCGAGAUCAUGCGCAGACUUAUAUUCAGCAUGUUGGGGAUUUUACGUAUCCUAGAGUGGCAGAUUUUGGAGCAGCAAUAUCUGGUGCAAAUAAGCAGCAAUGCCAACAAGUGCUUGAAGAACUUGAUGUGCAUAAACGUCUAAAACUCACCUUGGAGUUGGUGAAGAAAGAAAUGGAGAUUAGCAAGAUACAGGAAUCAAUAGCAAAGGCCAUUGAAGAGAAGAUAAGUGGGGAGCAAAGACGCUAUCUGCUUAAUGAACAGCUUAAAGCUAUAAAGAAGGAGCUGGGAUUGGAGACAGAUGACAAAACUGCUCUAUCUGGAAAGUUCAGAGAAAGGCUCGAUCCAAAGAAAGAGAAAAUCCCAGCUCAUGUUUUGCAAGUCAUAGAAGAAGAACUGACAAAGUUACAAUUAUUAGAAGCUAGCUCUAGUGAAUUUAAUGUAACCAGGAAUUAUCUUGAUUGGUUGACUGCAUUGCCUUGGGGAGAAUACAGUGAUGAGAACUUUGAUGUGCUUCGUGCUCAAGAAAUUUUAGACGAAGACCAUUAUGGGUUAACGGAUGUUAAGGAAAGGAUAUUGGAGUUUAUAGCGGUCGGGAAACUGAGAGGAAUCUCACAAGGUAAAAUUGUAUGCCUCUCUGGUCCACCUGGAGUGGGAAAAACUAGUAUUGGGCGUUCCAUUGCUCGGGCGUUGAACCGUAAAUUUUACAGGUUUUCAGUUGGAGGUCUUUCUGAUGUUGCUGAAAUCAAAGGGCAUCGCCGAACCUAUAUUGGUGCCAUGCCUGGGAAGAUGGUUCAGUGUCUGAAAAGUGUGGGAACGGCUAACCCUCUUGUUCUGAUUGAUGAGAUUGACAAGUUGGGAAGGGGCCAUGCAGGUGAUCCUGCAAGUGCAAUGCUGGAACUCCUUGAUCCAGAGCAGAAUGCAAAUUUUCUAGACCACUAUCUUGACGUUCCAAUUGAUUUGUCCAAGGUUUUGUUUGUCUGUACAGCAAAUGUCAUUGAAAAUAUUCCAAACCCCCUUUUAGAUAGAAUGGAGGUGAUAUCCAUUGCUGGGUACAUUACAGACGAGAAAAUGCACAUUGCUAGAGAUUACUUGGAGAAAGCAACUAGAGACACAUGUGGAAUCAAGCCUGAACAAGUUGAGGUCACAGAUUCAGCUCUUCUUGCUCUGAUUGAAAAUUAUUGCAGAGAAGCAGGAGUUAGGAAUCUUCAGAAGCAGAUUGAGAAAAUAUACCGAAAGAUUGCUCUGCAACUUGUACGACAAGGAAGAAAUCUGGAACCUGCAAAUGUUGGACCUCAGGUCCAACUCGAAGAGGAUAAGGUAGAUUCUGGUUCUUCGUCCAAUGAAUCCGUGGUUGGAGCUGAAGCAUCUGAAAAUGCUCAGGAAGCUGAAAUUGUUGAUUCCGCAGCUAAUCAGGAUGAUACUCUAGAAGCUGAGAAGGAUGAGACCAGCGAAGCUGCUAAAAAAGUUGAAAAGGUUUUAGUUGACUCAUCAAACCUUGUGGACUUUGUUGGCAAGCCUGUUUUCCAUGCUGAUCGCAUAUAUGAGCACACUCCAGUAGGAGUCGUGAUGGGUCUUGCUUGGACCGCAAUGGGUGGGUCCACACUGUACAUAGAGACUAGUCACGUCGAGCAAGGUGAAGGUAAAGGAUCCCUUAACCUCACCGGACAACUUGGAGAUGUCAUGAAGGAAAGCGCUCAGAUUGCUCACACUGUCGCCAGAGCUAUAUUGCUCGAGAAGGAUCCCGAGAACCAGUUCUUUGCCAACACUAAGAUCCACCUUCACGUGCCAGCAGGAGCUACGCCCAAGGACGGUCCAAGUGCCGGUUGCACCAUGAUUACCUCCAUGCUAUCUCUUGCCAUGAAUAAACCUGUUAAGAAGGACCUUGCAAUGACUGGAGAAGUCACGUUGACGAGAAAAAUUCUUCCUAUUGGCGGGGUGAAGGAAAAGACGAUUGCUGCAAGGCGGAGCGAAGUGAAGACCAUCGUGUUUCCUUCAGCGAACAGGAGGGAUUUCGACGAGCUAGCAGCUAACGUGAAGGAAGGCCUGGACGUGCAUUUUGUUGAUGACUACUCCCAAAUAUAUGCUUUGGCUUUCGACGAGUCACAAUAAUAAGCAUUUUGUUAGUCUAUACUAUCAUUCAUUGAUUGAUAAUCUUAGGCAUGUAACAACCAAUAAAUUUUCCAAAACAGAUCCAUGCCACUGUCAUCCAAUUUUCCGAGACAUUCAGUUUAGGCGGAUGUUGUAAUAUAAGAAAUUGGAAUCUCGGUUUUUGAAGUCCGAGUAAUGAAAAAUGCCCAUGUUUAGUGGUUCCA